AGGAGUUUCCAAGGAAAUAAUGGAACUGAUCAGCAACAAUCAGUGCAUUCAGAAAGGCCACAGCAAGAGGUAUUAAGCAGAUUAGCUGUUACGGGGGAGGGGGUAGUUGACAUGCAUUGGACAAGGGCGGAUUUAGGGGUGGUCCCAGAAGGGGGCCCCAGCUCUCCCUUUUGUCUGGGAAUUUCUUUCUUUUGUAAACAUGUGUCCGAUGGUACUUCCAGCUUUGUUACUUAAAUAUAUUUUCUUUAAUAACAUUGAUAAUAAGAAGAGAAUCCGUAUUUGAAGCCUACGUUUUUAGUUGCAAAUGACCAAAGCUCCCGGAAUCUCAAAAAUUUUCCCAGAGGAGCAUGCACCCAAAACUCCUUAGAAAAGUGUGCCAUUUGGAGUCCUUUUGGGUACUAUCGCGCCCAUAUUGCCACUGUAUACUAGAUCUCUAGUCCCCCCCAUCACAAAAUCCUCCGUCUUCCCCUGUUGGCUGUCAGCUUAUCCCACUGAGCUGUUAAGAUAAUAUUAAGAUGUAAUUUAGGACCAAAAGGCAUUUUCAUUGAUGUUUUAUUUCAUCAAUCCUUUGACACAUUUUUUUUAUUUUAUUGACUGUGUGAUUUCAUAGCAAGACAACAGUUUCUCCUCACUCCUUGCCACUAGGGAUGUUGUGCAGGAAAGACAUCUGAACCUCAACAACAGAAAUUCCUGACUACUUCCACACAGUAACCAGUCUAUCUGCAAAACCUUACACCUACUAUCCACAUUUUUCAUGAGACAUGCAUGCAUACAGUAUUCUAUAAUUUCUUGAUUGAGUUAGACCACAUUUUUUUCUUUUAAACCAAAAUGGACACAUGUCCUGUCCAGAAAGAAACACUAUUUUCAGUUCUGUUGUUGUCCUCGCUGGAGAAUAAUGUUUUAAUGGUACUUCCUGCAUGCUUCCACACACAUGGUUUUAGUAGGAUUUCCCAUAAUUCCAAGCUAGCCCACAAGGGCGUAAGAAUGACAAUAGGCAGAACAUGGACAAAGAUAGAAGAGACUGGCAAGUUGAGCGACAAGAAGGAAAAAAAAGGGUGGCAUCAUUGAAAAUGCCACAACCUAUAGAUCCUUUAAACCUUAACCUACAUUGGUAUAGAUUCAAUUCAAUUUAAUCAAUUCAAUUCAAUUCUUUAUUCACACUAUAUAAGAUAUUUACAUAAGUGUGCGUAGGUAGGAAAAAGAGUAGCUGACAAAUAAUAAUUAACUAAAAGACAUUAAGUUCAUUUGUGUACGGUGUCCAAAGUAGCAAGAGCUUUCUUGUUGGACGCCGUCAAGUUGAAAUAAUUGGCAGCAAUAAAGAGAGGAAUAAAAUCUCAAAUAAUAUCAGUGAUAGAACAUAUAAGCAAGGUCAGAUUUGGUUGGUUAGAAGACAGGAUUUCCAUUCUUUCUUAAACUUAUCAUAUGGCAGACACUUGAGACCAGGCGGUACAGUCCCCCAGAUUUUUGGAGCGGAGAAUUUAAAGGACGUCUUACCUAAGUUGGUGGAUACUCUUGGCCUAAAAUAGUUCAGAUUACUGACAAAUCUUGUAUUAUGAUUGUGUAUACGUGAUGCUGGAGUCAGGACAUCAAGGAAAAUAUCUGGAAUGCUAUCAGUCUCAUUUCUCAUUCUAUGUAUAAAGCAACAUAUUUUUAAUUUAUAUAUAUUAUCUAAUUUAAGGAUUGUUAGGAGUUUUAAAUAGGGAGUAGCACUCUCUCUAGGAUGUACAAAGAAGAUGGUGCGGAGACAUUUGUUAUGCUUAAUACGAAGACAAUCUAAUCUGGUUUUGCUGGAACUGCCCCAAGCAAGAAUACCGUAACUCAGAUAGGGAUAUAUUAAAGCAUAAUAAAUUUGUUUCAGUAUAUUCAGAUCUAUGUAAUAUCUUAGUUUUGAAAGGAUUCCUAAAUUUUUAGCUAAUUUAUUAUUUACAUGUUGUAUCUGUGGUUGCCAAUAUGAGAUGUUUAUCUAUAUAAACUCCCAAGUACUUUAUGUAAUCUAGAGAACAGUUUUGGCUCUACUAAGUAGGUUCAAGAUGCCUGUACCUCACUCUCCAUAAGCUCAAAGUUCUUUAAAUUUUUUCCCUAUUACCACAUCUUUGUCCGUGUUGGAAACUUAAAAUACGCAACUACUGUAGACCUUUCUCUAGUGUUCUUUAGGUCAUUAAAGAAAGAAAUUAUGGGUUCCUCCUUUUUGGAGAAGGAACCCUGUUUAAAGAGUAUUAUAAUAGGAGCGUAUACUAUUUUUGACCGGAUUUGGUUGUGGAUAAUGAAAGAUUUUGCUUGGCGUACAUCUGUUAAAACACUACUGCGUUUCGCCAGUAACAUAAACAGUUUUAAUUUUCAUUCGUCUACAAAAGUCUUGUUGACACAUUGAAACAACCACACAAGUUGAUAUUAUCUUGCAGUUUUGAUACGAAAUCAUUGAUGUAUGUAACAUUUAAAACAGCAACGCUGGAAUCAAACCUAUAUAAUUUUAUAGCAACAACUCCAAAAUAUCGCACACAGAUUUUUAAAGCAAAUUGAAACAGGACACUCCUGAAUGUUAUUUAGUUAUUAUUUGUUUAUUUCCUCAAGGGUAUUUUCAAGCGACCGUAAACGACAGGUCUCUACUAACAGUUGUGACUUUGUGCAGUAUUUGUUUGUUUCUUUUUUCUUAGUAAAUACUAGCUAGAAUCAGGAACUGGAAUAACCGGUUUAUUGAACUAUUUUUAUCCCCUCAGUCUAGUUGCACUGUUUGUUGACAAACGAAAAGCAGACGCACCUUUAUUUGAAUUGCGUUUUGGCGCAUAAUGAUUUCCAAUUCAAACAGUCGUAAAUAUUCUUCGCUCUGAUUGGCUUGCUCACAGACUAAGUUUUUGUAGAGACUGGAUUGGAUUACAUGCACAAUCUGAUUGGUCAAAACAGGGACUAAGUUUGUGAAAAAAUAAUCUCAAAUAUAUCUGGAGUCUCAUUGGUCGAUUCAGGGACUAAGAUCCUAGAGAUCACAAGUACAGUUUUCAAUGGAGACGUACACUUUUAAAUGGAAUUGUGUUUAUAAUGGUCUUCUCCCUUUGUGAAAUUGUAGGAGCCUGCAUCACGUUUUGUGAAUGUUGAACAGAGUGAGAAUCACAAUGAGGAGUUGCCUCUGGCUGUUGGUGCCCAUAGCUACCAAGUAAUUUCCCAACCAGAGGCUAGAGUUACGCUAACCCAUGAACAGCCAAUUGAGUUAGUGGUGGUGUUUAAGUAUGAUGGAUGCCUUCAAGAGGUUAUCGAACGCAGCCUACAGUCAGGGCGAGGAGAGCCAAGACACAGUCCUUCUGGCAUACAGCCACAAAGUGAGCAGGCCAGUGAGGGGCUGGAUUUGUCUCAGCUGGUUUUGUCAUCAGCAGGGCUAUCAAUUGAGCACAUUGAUGAUAAUGGUUCCUCUGAGCAACACGGGAAUUCAAACAGCCAACGGCUAAGUAUUAACAGGUAAAUAUCACAUAAUGCAACCACGAGGGGGGCAUAAGGGGGGUACGAAUACCAAAAAAACAGCACAGAAUUACGUACUAAACACAGCACAGAAUAACAUAAGAAAACCGCAUUGAAAUUACCUGAAAAUUUUAAAUACUGCAAACUGCUUAGUUUGGUAAAACCACAAGACUGCAACUUAAAAUAAAAAUUCUCGCAAAACUGCACCAAAAAUGGAGCAAACCCGCAUCACCACAAACCUUUACGCCCCCCUCAACCAACAGCCUAGCCUGGCUGCUUCAUUAUAAUAUUGCAGGGCAAGCAAAUGCUCACUAUUCUCUGCGCAUCUACUUGUCUCAAUGCAAUUCAACUUGAAAUCUUUCAUCAAUCAAAUGGCCUCUGUUGAGUUACAAGGGUUGAUUGUACAUCAAGUAGAUUCUCUUGCUUCAUGCCUGAUAAAAUCCUGAACCAGUAUGCACUAUAACUGGAAGUACAUAACAAUGAUAUUUAUUGUAAAAGUUUGUCAGAGGCUCCACUCUCCAGCUGUUGUUUGACCAAAGUGGAACUUUAACUUCAAGGUAACUGUUUUAGGUCAUACAGACUGAAUUACUGGAGAGAAAACUUAUACAUAAAACGUUUCUCAAUAUAUUUUCAGGUUAUGUUACACACCAGGGGAAAUGUUACUUCCAGGCAGUACCUUUGAUGGUAGUAGCUUCAUUAUUUUGCCUAUGAGAAAUUACUCUCAACACCAUCAAGAUGCUGUCAAUGGAAGGAUAUGUUCAUUUGAAGGUCCUCCCAUUUACACAGGUCCUUAUGGUUACAAGCUUCGCAUAUGCAUGUUCCCCGUAGGCAUUGAUCACGGAGAUAGCAGACACGCUGGCCUUUUUAUUGGCAUGAUGCAGGGAAAAUAUGAUAAUAUCCUAGAGUGGCCAUUCAUGGCAAUAAUCACUCUCACAAUUUUGGAUCAAGGAAGCAGUGCAGACUCCCGUAACCACAUCAGUCGCACUUUUGUGACCAGUGGAAAUCAAAGAGCUUUUCAAAAGCCCAUUGCCACUGGGCAAAGCGACAUGCUGUAUGGGUACCCAGAGUUUGUACCUAUUGAAAUGGUUUGUAGCCCUCGGUACUCUAAAGAUGAUACAGUGUUUAUCAAAAUUGAGAUUCGUCCAUGUGUCAUCCGCUGA